CACAUUGCGACAUUCACAACGCCAACAUCAACGUGUUUAUUAUAUAUACUCUAUAUACACAUUGAUACUUGUUUUUUUUUUUUUUUCUUCUUUAUUAACUACAUUAAUUAUUUUUGUGAUUUUAAUUAUUCAAUACUUUUUUUUUUUUAUUACUUUAUUGUGACACAUUUUUAUUUAUUGUUGUGAAUAUUAUUGUGAGGUGAUAUUUAUUAAUUAUGAUUAUAUAUAAUUGAGACAAAAAUUUUAAUUAUAAAUUAGACAGCUUUAAAAAGCUCUAUGAAUCAUAAAGAGUGAUUAAUUUAUUGAACAAUUAAUUGAAAUAGUAAAUAAUUUGAUUGUAAAAUACGUGCUUUUUUUUAUAAUAUUAAAAUGUCGUCAAAAGCUCUUCAUAAUGAGCAUAUAAAACGUCCAAUGAAUGCAUUUAUGGUGUGGUCUCGUGGUCAAAGAAGAAAAAUGGCACAAGAAAAUCCAAAAAUGCAUAAUUCUGAAAUUUCAAAACGUCUUGGUGCUGAAUGGAAACUUCUCAGUGAAUCUGACAAAAGACCAUUUAUCGAUGAAGCCAAACGAUUACGAACGUUGCACAUGAAAGAACAUCCUGACUACAAAUAUCGUCCUCGGAGAAAGCCAAAAUCUUUGAUAAAAAAAGAAAAUAAAUUUGGCUUUAAUUUAUCACCAUUAUUAUCACAACACAAUGAUAGUCUUGGUAGUAUAUCACGUGGUUUGUUGCCAUCAUCAAUGUCAUCAGUACCACCAGCUCAUCAUCAUCAUCAUCAUUUGUUGAAUCAUGAUGAUCUUAAAAUACCACGUUUUUUUCCAUCAUUUCCAUACUCACUUUAUCCAGCAAUUCAGCAUAAGCUAGGUGUUGAUAGUGGAUUAAAUAGUGGUAAAUUAGCUGCUGAUUUGACAUUUCAAGCAAUAUAUGGUGGUGGAGGUUUUUACAGUAAUCAUCAUCAUCAAACAACAUGGCCACCAACAUCGUGUAUACAAGGAAAUUGUAAUUGUCCAUCACCACCAAAUUCAACAAAUAAUAAAGAUACAAUUAAAAGAUCAAUAUAUGUACCACAAAAUUUAAGUAAAAUUGAUAAUGAACAAACAAUAUUUAAUAUUGAUGAUGAUCGUAAAUCAACAGAUAAUAAUAUUAAAAAUGAUGAUUAUUAUUAUCGUAAUAAAAAUAGUGAAUCAACGAGUGUUACACUUUAUCCAACAAUAUCACUUGUUGAUAAUAAAAUUGAUAAAAUUAAAGAAGAAGAAAAAGAUUCAUCAUCAUUGCCACAACAACAACAACAACCACUAUCAUCAACAGCAACGACAACAACACCAACACCAACAACAACAGCAUCAACAACAAUUGAUAAUAAUAAUUCUUUUUCAGUUCAAAGUUUGACAUCUUCAUCUUCAUCUUCUUCAUCAUCAAAUUCACCGAUAAUAACAACCACUCGGAGUCAUGUUAUUUGAAGGCCGCUUCCGGUUCUUCCAGAUAUUAAUUUUCGGGGGAACCUUGUAUCAAAUAAUUGGACAACAACACCACCACCUGAUUGGUGGAGAGUUGAACCUUUAAUUUCAUCAAAUUUUACAGCAACUUCAUCAAAUGUUUUUAAUAAUAAAGAUGUCACUGAAGAUGAACGAUAAAUAUUUUUAUAUUUUUAUUUAUAAAUUUUUUGUUUUUGUUUAAAUAAUGGUGCUGUGUUUAUUUAUUUGCAAUAUUAAUUUAAUAUCAUUUAAUUGUUACUAUUAUUAUUUAUCAAUGCAAUUAUCUUGAUGUGUAUAAGUAGUGUAUCGGUGGAAAUUAUCUAGAGCUACGAGCAUAGAAAAUCAUAAUUAAUUGAUUAAAUUUCAAUCAACUAAAUUACUCAAAAUAAGUAAUUUAAAUAUUAAAUUAAAAAAAAAAAAUAUGUAUAUAUAUUUACACAAUGUAAUUGAUGAAUUUUACAACGUGUAAAAUAAUACAUAAUUUAAUAAUAAAAAUAUUAAUUAAAUUAUAAAAUUGUAAUUAAAAAAAUUCCAGUAAAUAUUAGUCGGAUUAUUUUUUUUAAUCUUCCGUAAGAAAAAAAAACAUAUCUUAAUCUAUGUACAAUGUAUAUAUAAAUAUAAAAAUUAUAUUUAACAAUUAAUAUUUAAAAAAAAAAAAAAUAAAUUAUCUAAAUUCAGCUUACCUAGUCAAUAAUUACUGUUGAUUUAAUUAAUAAUUUAAAUUAAAAAAAAUAAAUAUUAUACACAAUCAACAAGCAAUAUCAUUUGUUUAAAUAAUAAUUGAAAAAAAAAUAAAAAAUAAACAUCAAAAUGUAUAAUGAAUUUAAAUGAAUAAAUUAAUUAUUACAAUUAAUAAUAAUAAAAAAAA